CGUUCUUCAGACAUCCCUAAAAUAAUAAUAAUCCAUGUCCUUCUCUUGAAACAGCCAAGAACGAACCAGUCAAAAUCAUGCCCCCUCCGACCCACCGGCGGCCAAUAUUCCCUCCAAAUCCUUCUCUUCAGCGCCUUUAGAUCGAUUGGAGAGGAGGGUCUGUGAAAAAAAUCCCCAGAAGAGGAGAUUUUGUUCUGGUAACGAUGUCUUCUGGGGCUCGGUUGCUGGCGUCGGAUUUUGGUCUGUCUUUUAUGUGGGUAUGGUCGGGGAUUUUGGUGAAGAUCUUUGUUUUUGGGAUAUUGGGGUUCGGCAAUGAGGCGGUGGGUGAGGUUGUGAAGGGUGCUCUUUCGAUUCUGAACAUGUUUUUCUUUGCGUUCUUGGGGAAGAUCACCAAAGGGGCGGCUUACAAUCCUCUUACCGUCUUGUCUGCGGCUUUUGCUGGGGAUUUCAGUACCUUUCUUUUCACUGCUGGUGCCAGAAUCCCUGCCCAGGUAUUUGGAGCUAUAAGUGGUGUUAGGCUGAUUAUCCAUACAUUUCCCGAAGCAGGACGAGGUCCGCACUUGAACGUUGGCAUCCAUCACGGUGCUCUUACAGAAGGAUUCUUGACAUUUGCCAUCGUUAUAAUCUCGCUCGGACUUUCCAGGAAAAUCCCUGGAAGUUUCUUCAUGAAGACUUGGAUCUCUAGUGUCUCUAAGCUAGCUCUUCAUAUUCUCGGUUCUGACUUAACUGGUGGCUGUAUGAACCCUGCUUCUGUAAUGGGAUGGGCGUAUGCUCGUGGGGAUCAUAUAACCAAAGAACACAUUCUUGUGUACUGGAUCGCUCCGAUACAAGGAACUAUACUAGCGGUAUGGACGUUUAAGUUACUAUUUCGACAACCGAAAGAGGAGAAAGUAAAUGCGAAGAAGAAAUCGGAAUGAUUAAACAUCCUGAAGUUGGUCGUUCUGAUGAUGGAUUCCUUAGCAAUUGUCACGAUGUACAUAAUUGUCUGCUCAUUUGUGCAUACUUCUAAUUUCAUUUCUUUGGAAAUGGUUUAUUUCAUGCUAUUCAAGAUGCACUUUUUGAGCUCAUAAUCUAAAGCAUUCACUCUCUAGUGCCUCUUUCUCUGUACAAGAGUAGAGAUUUUUUUUUCUUUUAGCCAUUGAUUUUGCUAAUUGCACCAAAUUAUGAGACAUUUGUUUGAAUCUAGGCUUGACCAUCGUGAGUUGGUUUA